UAAAAUUCUCCAUACAGAUUAAUUUGAAUACGAAUUAAGAACAGACAAACCGUUGCAAUAUGCCGAAAAACAAGGGUAAAGGUGGUAAAAAUCGUCGCCGUGGAAAGAACGAAAAUGAAUUCGAGAAACGUGAAUUGAUUUUCAAAGAAGACCAGCAGGAAUAUGCCCAAGUAACAAAAAUGUUGGGAAAUGGUCGUUUGGAGGCAAUGUGCUUUGAUGGUGUGAAACGUUUGUGUCACAUUCGGGGGAAACUCAGAAAGAAGGUCUGGAUCAACCAAGGCGAUAUCAUUCUUGUCGGUUUGCGUGACUAUCAAGACUCGAAGGCUGAUGUGAUUCUCAAAUACACCUCGGAUGAAGCUAGAAAUUUGAAAUCGUACGGUGAAUUCCCCGAAUCUGUGCGUAUCAACGACACAGUUACCUUUGUUGAGGACGGUUUCGAUGAGGAUAUUGAAUUUGGUGAUGAAAUCAGUUCAGAUGACGAUGCUGACUCUGUGGACAAUAUCUGAUUAACAGCUAAACCGAAGCGUGAGAA